GGCGGGCAGCCCCUGCCCGUCAGCUCCGCGCCGCCGGCGAGAGCGGCCGGGCCGAUCGCGGCUCUUCGUCUCCUUCCCGGCGCCCCCCCGCCGACCACCGGCACCGUGACGUACGGGAAGUGGCGUCGCGGAGCGGAGGAGGCGGGGGCGGAAGCGGCCGCGGAGGGGGCGGUGCGGCCGGAAGGCGUCGAGCAGCCGGUGGCGCCGGGGCCGCCUCUCCGGGGAGCGGCCCGGGAAGCAGCGGGGCGGGCCCUGCUCGCCGAGCCCAGCGGGGCGGGCCGGCGCGGCGGGCGCGUUCGGAGCCGUGCGGGGACGGGCGGCGGAGCCUCGGCCGCCCGCCGGAGCCGGUGGGUGCGCUCCGGGGUGCGGCGGGGGUGCGGUCCGUGCGAGCGGGAGGCUGCGCAACUCGAAUGGAGACUGAUUACAAUCCUAUGGAGUUGCCCAAUAAUACAGGGUUUGAAGAGGAUUCUGAUUACAGAGACUUCGAAGGAACAGACGUGAAAGAUAUGAGACUAGAAGCCGAAGCUGUUGUAAAUGAUGUUUUGUUUGCUGUCAGCAACAUGUUUGUGUCAAAAAUCCUUCCCUGUGCAGAGGAUGUGGCAUAUAUCAAUGUGGAAACCAGGGAAAGGAACAGAUACUGUCUGGAGCUCACUGAAGCAGGACUCAGGGUAGUAGCUUAUGAUUUUGAUCAGACUGAUGACAGACUGCAAACUCCGUAUCAUGAAACUGUCUACUCUUUGUUGGACUCUCUCAGCCCUGCAUAUCGAGAGGUGUUUGGAAAUGCAAUACUACAAAGACUAGAAGCUUUGAAGAAAGAAAGUCAGUCAUGAUUUACCCAGAUAUGAAGAAGAUUUAGUGCUAGAAGUAAUUCUUAGUAUGAAGCACUGAGAUCUUCCUUAAAAACAUCUUAAGCUUCAUUUCUUGCAUUAAAGUCUACUUCCUGCUAGUACAUUAUUAUAUAAUGUUUAUAUGUUAUAACAAGUAUAUUAUAUAAUAUUUGCUACCAUGGAUUUGCAUAUAUCACAAUGUUAUUAAAAUCCACUUUGGUAAAUAGCAGAAAAAAAUCUUAAUUUUACUUUUUGUUGUAAAUGAGCUUGUAAGUUACUCCAUACCAUGUUCAAAAACCUUUGUCUCUUUGCCAAGAUUUGGUAUUCGAAACUAAAAAAUAUAGAGACUGAAUGUUAUAGAUAUAAGAAGUAAUUCUUUGUGUGUGUGCUUACUGAGAAUUUUCAUGCCUUCUUUUUAAAAUAGAAGGUAACUACUUGCUCUAUCCAGUUAAUGACAAAAUAACUGGAAAACUUCUGCAAAGAAUUGCUGCUUGAUUUGGUGUACAUAAAUUUGAAAGUUGUCAGCUUUGUAGCUAGAAAGAUGGUUCUUCAACAGUUGAGCUUUGCUUAUAUAGUGGCAGUAUCUGAGUUAAAAGCAAGGCUCAGCACUAAUUGAUCUGUCCUUAUCUAUGGCAACCAGCAAGCUCCAAAUAAUACACAAGAUGAACUGCUUAUAUAUGAAUGUAUUGUCUGAACCAUGAAUGAUUAAGCACAGAAUUAAUGGGCUAUACAUUUCCUAAAAAUUAUGUGUUAUAUGCUAUAAAUAUGUACCCUAUUGUACUGCAACUGUUUAAGAGGCUUGGAAGGCCUGUUUACUAUUUUGAAUGUGUGUUUACAUGAUGUACAGGAUAGACUCAAGAGUAUUUUUGCUUCAGCCUUUACCUUCUAUAAUACAGUACUUUGGUACUCCCAAUUUUCACAUUUUCUCCCUCAAUUGUACAGUGUCUUCUGAUGAAUACUGAAGUAAGCACUGUAAUGUUAAUUGCAUUGUAUUGGUUUGAAACCAAAGGCUGUAUGAAAUUUACUAAGACUAAUACAAGCUGGAAGAUAUAACUUGUAUUUUCUACUUAAAGCUAGUACAACUCUCUUUAUAAAUCUAUUGUUCUGCUAUAACUUUUCAAGUAUGUACUGAAUGGUAGACUUUUUAAAAAUUAGAGUUGGGUAGAAAUGCUUGUACAGUUGAACUGGCAUUCUGUGACAUUCACACUUUUUGUAUUCUUCUAUUAUUCUGUAUUUGUGUGUUUUUAUUUAAACAAUUCUGCCAUUAUUAUCCUAUGCUUUUGUGACAAGUACAUGCAGUAGCAUUUUUGGAGCCAUAUUUAGGGAUUUAUUUGUUUCCACAGAUUUCAGUGACUUCAGUGGCACUAUGUUGACUUCUACUUGCUAUGGGUUAGCCAUAUCGAUCAGAGAAGCCUAGCAGAGCUUUUGUAAUGGCUUUGGGUUAGCAGUGGGCAACUAUGACAAGACAACUGUAAUUAGUGCUUCUGGUUUUGAGAGCUUAAUUUCAUCGUUAUCUUUUUGGGUUGAAACUUCUGAAACUAGUCCACUGCCCUAGGGUAUGCUUUCAUGCUCCAAAAAUUGUUCAUAGGCUCUCUUUUGCACACAAGUCUGUGGCACGUGGUUAGUCCUCUGUGAGGAGAAUGUACUUUAGCAAAUUUAUAUUUGAAUAUUUUUCCUUGCAACUGAUUUACUUGUUCAAUUUCAAUGACUAAAGUAUUAAAUAAAGGACUGGUGCGUUGUA